AUGUCAGAAGAGAGAAGAGCAGAUCUUCUUGCAGACAAAGAGAGUUUACAAGAAAGAAGUAAGAAUAUUCAAGAAGAUAUGUUGCAAGUUGAUGGCAAAAGCAAACAACGACAUCAACAAAGAAAACGACAAAUUGCACUGGCAACAGUGAAAGAAAGGAGAGUGAAGCGACGCAAGCUUGGUGCGGGUGCUAGUACGUCUUUGGACAUGAGAUGAGGAAUUCAUAGCUAAAUGCAUCGAGGAAACAAGUAGUGCUCAUGGAAGACGACAUGAUAAAAGAGUCUCAUUUUCUAUCACUAGCGAAUUACAACCUAUUUCGAAGAGGAAAGAAACUGAUAAAAUCUGCAACAACCGUGUUAAACCGGGCUAGACCAAAGUGUUUAAGAUCAAGAGCGGCCAAGUUACACUGCGGCAAAUCACUGUUUUGUUCACGGAACCCCCCCCCCCCCCAAAACAGAAUUGCAUUCAACUAUAUCAACACACCACCAGCGCGCGCAAAUUCGAAAUUAAUGUGAAACAUGAUAUGUUCAAGCCAAAAAAUAAAAACCAAAGUUUAAUAAUCAGUUUUGAUGAUAAUUUAUUAACUUUGCCAGAUAGUAUUAACAGUUGUUACAAAGUAAUAAUUUAACGAAUUAACUAGACUAUAUGGCAGGGUAUUCGCAACAGCGAUUAGCCAAUUACUGCGAACCCAAGGACAAUACGUUAACAUCAAAUAGCAAAAAAACUAACAAUUAACUUCAUGCAUUUAUACAACUAUAUAUUUAGCUAGCUACGGCAACUGAUCAUGCUAUGAUAAUAACAUGCACUAGCUGAAAAGAAAUUGAACAAAUCAAUGCAUGCUACCGACUAUAUAAGCAUAGCAUGAGCAGUUGCCAUGUAGCUAGCUGUGCUGAAAUUUUCAAUAACAGUGAUAAAGCUUAUCUAAGACCUGGCACUGAUGUGGGAGUUCGAGAUGUAAAAAAGGGUGUGAUAUUUGAUGUUGCUGACCCACAAAAACACAAAACAGUUGCCACAACAUGAUUUUAAUAGCGAGCCCAAAGUUCACCAGACACCUUCCUCGUUCAGAUUUAUCAGAGGAAAUGUUGAAAAGAUUGGAGAAGAGCAAAGAUUUGUACAUACUGAAGACCAAACAGUUGUGACUGUCCGUCCAAAGCACUUUAUUGGCAGUUCUGGAAGUGUGUGGGCCUCUGAUCUUCUGAAAAUCAAAUGGGAAGUUCCUCAGCUGUUUCAGCAAGACAUCCAGACAAAUGUCGAACAUACAUCUGCCCUAGCCUCCUCCGCAGGCCUCUCUAUGGGUUCUAGCCUGCGAAUGGGUUUGAAAAAAAAAUUUUCUGGGAGAGAGGCCUGCCAUAAAUCGAACAAAAUGGACGUGUCAAUGUACCUUGUGGCCGUGUCAAUGUACCCCACCCCCUAAGUAGGCUUUUGAUCCUUAUUAUAUAUUCAGUUUGAAAUCUUCGGGCGAGGAGCGAAGCUUGCGAUUUUAAAAAACAUUAAAAACUUUAAAAAUGUUUUAUAAUGCGUCGAAAUAUUCAAGCUAUACGAAAAUUAGUUGGUCAUUUGAAAGGAUUAUAUGUCGCAAUGUCUCUCGCGGUCUAAAAACGACGUGCAAAUUCUGAAUCGCUCCCUCGAAGCAGCCAAGACUGCCAAGUGUUUACAAAUUAUGUCUACAAAUAUGUAUUGAAUGUAUGGAUUCAGAGUUCCGCUCAAUUGUUCAGCCGAGGAACUACAAUUUGAGGAAAUUAUCUGGCAUAAUUUCGAACACAAAACGAAGAUCGAAUGGAACGAUACUAAAGGUAUAAUUUGUUUAAUAAAGGGAUUAUAUUAAAUUGUAUUGUUUUCUGGAAUAAUAUUUUGAUAUGCCUAAGCCAGUAUUAAAAGGGGUUGUAAUUUUGAUUCUAUUUCACUAAUUUUAGUCAAAUCAUCAGGCAUUUGGCAACAUGCUCAGUGAAUUGAUAUAUAGAAGGCAAAGAUCCUUCUGUUGAAGCAACCAUUUCAAUAAGUGAGGAGAGAAAUAUCAAAUACAGAAAUUUGAUUACUACGAACAUCAAGAUUUUGUUGGCAUCUUAAUAAAUUAUAAGCUUGGUUUACAUAUGCCUGCGGUAUGCCUGCACUAUCAUUGUUUACAGCUGUUGAUGCAUACAUUCUUUUGUGAAUUAUUUGGUUUAUACAUUCGAUCUUUUGCGAAUUACUUCUAACGACAAUAGCCUGCCAACGUACCGUAGGUAUAUGUGAACCAGGCUUCACUUGGUUGAAUAGUUAAAUUGGAAUUGCGGUUUUUUAACUCCCUCACCCCCUUAAUAUCAUGUAAAUAUGCUAAAUCCAUUAAGUUGCAUUGUGGCACCAUGCCCGUGAAAAGCAGUUGGCACAUGUAACAACCUCUUUCUAAUAUAAUAUAUGCCUAGUUGUGUUACACUUACUGGCCACAUGACAUUAUCCAUGAUUUGAUAAAUAAAAGAAUUUAUGAUGUAUCUGCAUAUUCUCUAAUUAUAUGUACAGUAUCUCCCUUGUUCAUUUUCAAAUAAAAUUGCUCUUGACAUAUAUUGGUUUAAUUAAAAUAUAGUAAAUCUAGGUUUUUUACGUAAGAGCCUACAAUGCCAGGGGCCCACAACAAGUUCUCGUUGUCUCAUCCCUGACAGGGGAGUGCCUGCUUUCACUCUGUCUAACAUCAGACAAUUUUACUCUUCAAUGGGAGAGUGCAGAUAAUGGGUUAAUCUAAAGCUCAGGGAUGGAUUUACUGGGGGUGGGGGGUUGCCCCCCCCCCUAGCCCUGGCCAGAGUGGGUGCAGAGGUGCUAUUUUUCAUGAUAAGCAAAAAUUAUUAGAGACAAAAUGAGAUACAGUAAUUUGAGUAAUAACAUGAUGAUAAGCAAACUGUGAACAACAAUUACAAUUCAAAUACAGUAGUCAAGCAAGACUUUGCAGUAGUGAAGCAAGUUGAUGGGCUGGCAGCACACAUGACCGACACAACUCAGCACCAGAGCUGGCAGAGCAUCCCCCCUAUCAGAUCAUGCCAGAUCCAUCCCUGGUAAAGCUUACCAAAUGUAUUCAUUUUUGUAAGACUUUGUUUACAUUUCUGUAUGCAAAAUAUUGAAUUUUAUUCAACAACUAUUUAUAUUUUCAUGAUUCUAGAGUAUAAUAAAUUAUUAAGAGACAACAAUCAAGCUUUGCAAGAACAUAAAAUGAAAUAAAAACCUAAAUAAACUGUUUGUAAAUAAAUAGGGCUCCUUUGUGCACAUGCGCAGAUCGGACUGUACCGCAUCUUUAAUAUAUAGUUCAAUAAUUGGAAUUGGCACAGAGUGGUUGCUGUGUAGUGUGUAAUGUAACAAUAGCAAAACACUAGCUAUCACUGGGAAGUUUCCUCAGUGACUGUUUGUACGGUUACAACUUACAUGGAAAUUUGCCUUGCAAAAUUGAUGGAUUUUACCCAUGUAAAUAUUUUGCAUGUGAACUUUGGCAAGCAAGAUGAAUGUCACAUAAAUCGUCACUUGCAAAACUAUUAAAUUCCUAUUAAAUUCCAGUUAUCUUUUCUAUUCCUUUAUGUCUAUUCCAUUAUAUAUGUCUAGGUAUUACUCACACUCAUAUAUAAAACAGGGCCAUUAUUAUCUAAGACACUCAAGUUUGAAAACUUUGUCUUUGUCCAAGGGAUAAAUUGCACAGUGUAUUCCACAAUAUAAAAAACCUCUUUGUUUUAUUAAAGACUUUUAUUAAUGAUUUUCCUUCCAUACAAGCGCAUUAAAACAAGGCAAGAGGUAUAUAUUUAACUGAUACCGAAGGCACAGAUGUCAACAGUUGAAUUUACAUUUUAUAUAUGGACAAUUUUUGCUCGUUCCUUUUCGUGUUAUAAUUUCGAAUGAAUCACUGCAAUUUCAGCUUUAAUAUUAUGAUAUAAAAUGUCGUCAACAAGUUGAGUAGAAAUUUGUAUAUAUCAACGUUAAAACGUUCAAUUGACACCCUGUCUUGACAUGAAUCGACGACAACGUGAAUUCGCUGCUCUGGAAAGUCACUCGUUGAGUCGUUGUCUCUAAACAAUCCCAGUAAAUCGCUGCUUCAGCUCACGCUUACGUUCUCAGCUCCUUAGUCAAAGUUCCCUGUGUAUUUACAAUGCUAAAGAGCAGUAUUAUUCGUUAACUUUAUAGUUAUUCGUCUUUUAUAAACCAUCGUGUUGAAAACAAAAAUUUCUCCACUCCUUGCUGUAAGCCCUUCUUACUCCCCCUAAGUUUGCGUUUGUCGAAAUUUGCAUGCGCGAGCCGAUAUGCGCAGUGCAAAUUUUUGUGUCAAUUUAUGGCAGGCAUCUCACCACACAUUUUCCCACCACCCGAUUCGUCGGGUGAGAUGCCUGCGGAGGAGGCUACAUCUGCCCUUCCAAUCCGAAAACUUUGUCGAUGUAUCCAUGAUAUUUUAUUUUAUUUUAAAGAUUGCACACUCAAAAGUGAUGUAUUGUGCAUGUCAAAUGAGCCAGACUGUCCAUUCCGUCUAUCAUGCACAGAAGACAUUUCCAAAGGAACUCAGCUUCUUGUGCAAGUACAGAGCAUCAAAGAAGCUAGUGAGAAACUCUCAGCAACCCCUACUGAACCAUUCGAAUUCUGGUCACAAGUCGAAUCACUUCUUGAACUAAGCCACAAGACACUACAGUUCAUAAAUCAACUUCAUUUGCCACCUCUGUAUAACUACAUUCUUGAAGCCACAGAUGCCGGUCCUGGGGUCGGCGUUUCCAAUGUGGAAGUGUAA